AUGUCCCGCCAACUAGACAACCUCAACCCCACCAUCUUUGCCCCCACCACGGCCUCCACCUCGAGCCGCAGGCCACCAAAGACCGGCAAGACCAACCUCUGGGCGCCUGAGGCCGUCAUAGAAGACACUUUGACCGAGGACUGGCUGGGCGGGGAAGACAGAGACAUCGGAAGUUCUGGGACUGAAAGCGAAGGAGAUGAAAGAGAGGAAAUCGAUGCAGAAGAGGUUUAUGAUCUCCUGAGGUCUAUAACAGAUCCUGAGCACCCGGUGUCUCUCGAACAACUACGUGUGGUGAACCAAGAGGACAUACAAGUCGCCGGAAACCGGGUACUCGUCUUUCUGACGCCUACUAUACCCCACUGCUCAAUGUCUACUCUCAUCGGAUUGUCGCUCAGAGUGAGGCUUCUCCGUGCCCUUCCCCCGCGAUAUCGUGUCGAUAUCCGUAUAAAGUCUGGAACCCAUCAGUCGGAGCAUGCUGUAAACAAGCAGCUGAAUGACAAGGAACGAGUGCAAGCUGCUUUGGAGAACAAGCACUUGCUCAGCGUCGUGGAGGGUUGUCUGGCCACUGCUGGCAAACGGGGAGAGUAG